AUGGUCGGUGAUCCCUCGACUGCAAAGUCCCAACUGCUUCGUUUCGUACUCAACACUGCGCCAUUGGCCAUUGCUACGACUGGUCGUGGCUCUUCUGGUGUCGGUUUGACCGCUGCUGUAACAUCCGACAAGGAAACGGGCGAGAGGAGGUUAGAGGCUGGUGCCAUGGUUAUGGCCGAUCGCGGCGUGGUGUGCAUCGACGAGUUCGACAAGAUGUCGGACAUCGACCGAGUGGCUAUCCACGAAGACCCGCAUAAGAACAUCGCCCUUCCCGAUUCUCUGCUCUCUCGUUUCGAUUUGUUAUUUGUCGUCACAGAUGAUAUUGAGGAUACCAGGGACCGACAGGUCUCAGAACACGUCCUCCGCAUGCAUAGAUACCGGCAAGCCGGGACAGAAGAAGGCGCGCCAGUGCGUGAGAACGCGGGUCAAGCGCUGAAUGUGGCGCUCAACAACCAAGCUGAGUCGCAGCGCCCGACCGAGGUGUACGAGAAGUUCGACGCGAUGCUGCACGCGGGUGUCAAGGGGACAGGGCGGGGCGCCAACAAGAAGCCAGAGGUGUUGAGCAUACCCUUCAUGAAAAAGUACAUCCAGUACGCCAAGACGCGUAUCAAGCCCGUCUUGACACAAGAGGCGGCCGAUCGCAUUGCCGACAUCUACGUUGGUCUGCGCAACGACGACAUGGAGAGCAAUCAGCGCAAGACAAGUCCCAUGACAGUGCGUACGCUCGAGACACUCAUCCGUCUUGCCACUGCACACGCGAAGUCCCGCCUUUCCAACCGCGUAGACGAGCGCGACGCCGCCGCCGCCGAGUCCAUCCUCCGCUUCGCACUCUUCAAAGAAGUAAUCGAGGACGAGUCCCGCAAGAAGCGGCGCAAGACCCGCCCUCUCGAGAAUGAAGGCGAGGACAGCAGUUCCGACGACGACUCCGACGCGGACGGCGACGAAGCGAAUGGAACCGCCCGCAGCAGCACCGCGCGCUCCACCCGCGCAUCCCAACGCCCCACCAACAACACUCGCCGCCGGCCAGCUGCCCGCAGACAGGGUAGUUCACCCGACGACCCGGCACCCGCAGAAGCAGAAGACGAAGAAGAGGACGAGGAACCAGAAGACCUCUACAACGCGACCCCGCGCCGCUCAACCCGCACAACCGGUGCCGCAGCCUCCUCCUCCCAACCCUCCUUCGCCUCCUCCCUCCCCGCCUCCCAACUCCGUACCCAAUCCCAAUCCCAAUCCCAACGCCGCAGCGGCCGUGGCGGCGACGACGACGCCACGCUCGCCUCGGGCACCGCCAACCUAUCGGUCUCGGACCGCAAUGGAAAUGGCAACGACGAGGAGGAGGAGGAGGAGGCGGAGGACGGGGAAGGAGAGGACGCGCCCAUCAGCGAGGCCCGCCUCGAGGUCUUCCGCCGUGCGCUAGGCCAGCUGCUUAACACGGACUUGUUCGAGGACGACUCGGCUGGUGUGGGCGAGCUGAUCGAGGCCGUGAACCGCAAGGUUGGCGGCGGCGCCGCGCAGCGGUUUGGCCGGGAGGAGGCCGUACACUGA